AUGUCCGAGUCUUGGAUAUCCAUUGAACCGCGACCAUAUAACGUCGGACCGAAGAUAGUGCCUGCUGACCUAAGGAUUCAUCCGUGUUGCGGCCGGGCCCAAGGAGUAGCGGGAUGCCAACAUUCCGAAAGCCAUGUGACCGAUACUAUUCGCGAGUCCGUUCUACUUGAAUUCCAAGCCACCCCAGAGCCGACUGGUCCAGGAGAUCCACGAUCCGACGCCUUUUACGCCCUCGAUUGCGAGUUUGUCUACACUACGGUUGGAAAAGAAGCAGCUCGGAUUACAGUUGUGGACAGUUAUGGUAACGAAGUUAUGGAUUGUGUAUUCCGACCCGAACAUGAACUUGUCGACCCGAAUACAAGAUAUUCGGGCUUGACUGGCGAAGAGAUUGCACAUACCGACAAAAAGCUCGGUGAUAUUCGAGAAAUGCUCUUUAAAAUGGUCAACUCGGAAACGUUGCUGAUAGGACAUGCACUUGAAAAUGAUUUGAAAGCUCUACGUAUUGUUCACGAUAAUGUGAUAGACACUUCAGUCUUAUUUUCGUAA